AAGAGAAAGUGUACACACUUUAAUUUAAAAAAUACUUUAAUGAUCAAAAACACUGCUAUCAUCUGAACCUUCAGUGAGUCAUCACCUUUCUGCUGGUGGAGGGUUUGAAGUAUUCCAAGAGUUACCAGUAUGUGACACUGAGAUCGGAAGUCAGCAAAAGCUGUUGGAAAACGGCACCGGUAGACUUGCUCCACACAGGGUAGUCAGAGAACUUCCAUUUGUGAAAAACACAGUAUCUUUGAAGGGCAAUAAAACUCCGUAUGCAUGUAUACCUUCUAUGUUAUUAGUCACUGUGCUUUAAAGUCACCCCACCUAGUUGUGCGCAAACAAAUCUAUGUAUCCUUAUUGUAAAUUGAAAAAACCAGUACCUCUGGCCAUAAACAGUUUACUUUCAAGAUACAAAGGAAACUGGGACUUCCUUGGCGGUCCAGUGGUUAAGGCUCCAUGCUUCCGCUACAAGGGACGCAGGUACCAUCCCAGGUUGGGGAAAUAGGAUUCCACAAGCCUCAGCGGCCAAUAAAAUAAAGUAUAUGUGUAUAUAAUAAUAUAUAAUAUGUGUAUGUAAGUGUACAUAUACCGAGAGGAUAGGAAGGAAACCAGACCAUGUCAGCAGGUACAAUCAUCCCUUGGUUCUUUGGGGAACUGGUUCUGGACCCAUACCCAAAUCUGCAGAUGCGUAAGCCCCAUCUAGGAUAGUCGGCCUUCCGUAUACUGGGGCUUCUUUAUUCUCCGAUGCAACCAACUGCGCGCGCUAAACACAGUGCCCGAUGCGCGGUUGGUGGAGGCCGUGCGUGCGGCGGUGGAAGCCGUGGACGCAGACAGAGCAGACCCGGAAACCACGUUGCAGAAGGCAGACCCCAAAGGCUCCAACGCCCCAGGGGACUUGAGCCCGCGGUCUUGCUCUCUUGUUAAAAAGGGUGACGAACAAGUGUUAGAACUGCCCGAAACUCAGCCUGCGGGGACCAGCCUACCCCUGUUGCCCAACCCCCACCCCACCCCUUGCCGGCUUCUGCCAGGGGAGUGUGCAGACAGCCCCGUUCGUCCGCGAUGAGACGCGAUUCUGCUUGCUUUCUCGGGCAGUCACACGUCCGCAGCCAGGACCUGCCAGCUCGGUGGUUGCCUCUCCAUUUCUGACGCGCUUCUUCCCCAUGGAUCCACAACCGUAACCAUGGCGACGCGGGUGGAGGUCGGCUCCAUAAGUUCCCUGACGGGGGUGCCGGGCCUGGGCGAGCUCUCCAAGGAGGAGGCCCUGACGCGGACCUACUUCCGCCAGGCUGGAGAUGCCCCCGGGCCCCCCUCGGCGCUGCUCUUGGAAGGAAAAAGCCCCCUCAGGAGCCCGGUCCGCCUGCUUCCUCUGCCAAGACUCGCCCCCAAACCCUUCUCCAAGGAGAAGGCCGCGGACGUGACACCCUUGUGGCCCAGCCCAGCCAGGCCGUCUCCUGCCGAGGGGCUCUCCCAGGACGUGGCCUCAGGGCAUCUGGACGAGAAGAUGCCGGGCCUGGCAGGGCAGGCGGUGGGGAGCGGCGACCGCCCGAGGAGCAUGUCUCUGUUCCCCAGGGCCGCCAUCCCGCGGCCCACACCAAACCCCACGGUCUUCUUCGAAAGCACCAAAGCCGGCCCCGCUCUGGGGCAGGGGGCCGGCCCGGGGGCUCGCGAGGCUGGCACAGGUGUGUCCCAGGGACCCGCUUCUGCCCCCCGGCCUGAGGUGGCCGCCAAGCCUGCCCUGCCAGCCCGGAAGCCCGUGGGGAGCCUCCCCCGGCCAGCCUCCCUGCCUCAGGAUUCCAGGCCGGUGGCCACCCCAGAGGAGACUGGCCCGAAGGAGCCUCUGUCAAAGGCCAGCAGCGUGGAGGACACGGGAGGCGCCGCCCCGGAGCCGCCCAGGCCUCGCCCGAAGAGAAGGCCCGUAUCGGCUAUCUUCGCCGAGUCCAUUCAGACUCCGAAGCCAGGCUCCGGCGGGGCGGCCGUGGCAGGGAAGCUGCCCCCCACCCCUCCUGAGAAGACGUGGGUGAGGAGGCCCAGGCCUCUGUCCGUGGACCUCACGGCCCGGUUCGAGAGCAGAGAGGCCUUGGCCAGGAAGGUGACCGACGAGGCCACGUCAGGGCCCGCCUUCCAGCGGCGGGGACCCGAGAGGCUGGACCCAGAACCCAGGGUGGACAGGGAAUGUCUGGUCAAAGCAGAGGCACCUCCACACGACCCGGAUUCCGAUUUCCUGCAGGUGACCCAGAAGAUCCAGGAACGGAAGGAGAGGCUGCUGUCCAAGCCGGGGGAGAUGGGCAGCCUCAGAACCGCGGGGGGCCCGGCCAGGGUCACCCCCACCGGUGCCCAGGGUCUCAGCAAGGAGAAAGCCAAGCUGGAUGGGGAGCCAGAGAAGGCAGCCAAGGACCCCCAGUCCCCUCUGCCCAGGCCUGGAAAAGGCCAAGACAUGGCUGAAGUCAAGAGCAGAGAGGCUGAUGGAGAGACCCGGGUCGGGGGAGAGCAGACCCCCAGGGGCGGCGUGAAGAAUCGCAUUGGCCUGUUUGGGGAGGAGGGCGCCUCGGCCUUGGCAGCGGGGUCUGAGUCCCCACCAGCCACCCCCGAGUCCCCAGCCAUCCCGCCGGAGCCAGAGAAAGCGGGCGUGAGCGUCCAGGAGCGGAUCAAAGGCUGGGCCACCGAGAGCUCGGAAGCAAAGCCGGAGCUCAGGAGGAGGGCGGUCCAGACACGGCCACUGUCAGCGGACUUGACCAAACUGUUUUCAAGUGCAGCUUCAAGCAACGAAGUCAGAUAUGAGAAGUGUUUGGAGCUGAGCGGUGAGCUUCCCAGAGAACCAAGAGAAAAGCCAAAGGACAGGCAUGGCGUGGAGGGAACAUCCGUCACAAGAAGCCCCUGGAAGCCUGGUCCACCCCCGGAGAAACCCAGGCUGACAGAGCGGAAAGGCAGUUCUGACCGCGUCCCCGACGGCGCUCGGGGUCACAGCGCGGUGGGGGCCCGGAGCCCUUCCGAGGGCACCCCGGAUGAUGACGGAAGCUUCCAGACCGUAUGGGCCACGGUGUUCGAGAAUCACGUGGAGAAGCACACCGUGGCUGCCCCCUCGGGACCCAGUCCCUGGGCCACGACCCCCAGGGACCUGGCCGACGUCUCCGAGCCCAGAUCCAGGCUCCUUGGACCCAGAAGCUCUUUCCCGCAAAGCACAGCCCUGAAGCGGGAGUGGCUGGAAGAUCCUGACCUGGGGCGAGGCGGAGGGACCGCCUUCUCCAGCGGCGAGCCCAGACAGCAUCGCACGUCCUCCCUGCUGGGGAGGCAUCCUGGGGGCGAAAAGGGCAGCCAUCACCCCUUCCUCAAGCUCCCGGAGAGCGCCCUCGCGCCCGAGAGGGUUGAGCCCAGGUACGACGUCGUGCAUGCCGUCGGGGAGCGCGCGCACAGUGAGGCUGUCCCCACGGCACCCGAGGAGAAGGCCCUGACGCUCCGCAGCGGCCGGUCUCGGCCCCUGCUGUCCGAGGAGGUCACCCAUGCCGUGAGUCCCGCCGACCCCAGGUGUAGGCCGGAGGGCCAGGUGGGGUCCGUCCAAAGGGCCAGUUUGAUCUGGGAAGCCCGGGGGACUCAUGAGAUCAGUGGGCCGAAGCCCGAGUUCCACCGAGAGCCUAAGGACACACAUGGAGGCAGCUGCCCAUCAGCCAGAUGGACGGGCGGGGCGGCCGUGAGCUGGCAUAAAGCCACCGUGGGGCUCAGCGAAGGGAGAGGCGCCGAGCCGAGCCCCGAGGCCGCCUCUGCGAGGACCGUCCUGGAUGCCCAGCACCCGGGGACCGAAGGGGCCAGAAUCCAGACGGGAGAGAGGGCUUCGUCCCGGGGGGCGCCUCCGGAGCCUCUUCCCAGGGCCAAGGAUGAAGCUGAUGACUCCCGAGUGCGGCCUCAGGCAGACGUGCCGGGGGAGACGGGGUCGUUGGCCGGGACUGGCAGCCACGAGCCCGAAGCCAGGAGGCGGAGGACGAGCCCCAGCGACCAGAGGCCAGACAGAUGGAGGCGGCGGACCCUUCCCCAUGACGUGAAGUUCGACGAGUUCAGCCUCCUGCCCCCAGAGCACGCGUCCAGGGCGGGGCUGAGAGGGGGGGACCACCUGAGCCCCAUGGCUGCGGGUGCCUCAGGAAGGCCCCAGCUACUCCCGGGUCAGGAGGGGACCCGGCAGGGGAGCCCAGGUGCGUCACUGGACCAGGUUCUUCCUGCAGCAAAGCAGGGGUCGCCUGUGGAACCCAAGGCGACCUUUUUUGCUGUGACCUAUCAGAUCCCUGACACUCAGAAAGCCAAGAGCGUGGCUAGGCCCGGGACUGAAAACUGGACAGAACCUUCUAGAAAAGCAGCCCCACCCCCAUCCCCUCUCUCUUUCACCCCUACCUUGGUUUCUCUGAACCGUGAAGAGCCGCUGGAGACCAUGGGCGGUAUAAACCGAGCCCCGGGCAGAGAACAUGAGCAUGCAAGCUUUCCAAAGCCUCCGAGGCCGACAGAGCAUCCGAUGUCUCUCGGGGACAGGAUUCUGGGUCCCCCUGGUGAGAGGAUCUCCGAUGCCGAUGCAGUGUGGGUUCGUCGGGUCCCGGAAGGCAGCGGCGGUUUUCAGAAUGGCUGGAAGGAUAGCGGGAGCAAGAGGUCCCCUGGCGGCUCUCCCCAAACACCACCGGCUUUCAGAAGUCCCCUGAAAGCCAGCGAGCUCCUGGUCCGAAGGAAGACGGAAGCCAUCAGUGAGACGUUCCCAGGUAAAGCUAAGGCCGGCUACAGGUCCAGCGUCCUCGAUAUUGAUGCGCUGAUGGCCGAGUAUCAGAGGCCGCCGGCCGGAAGCCCACGGGAGGCUCAGGACUGGAUGGCGGGUCCGCCCACAGAGCUCUGGGGCUCGGACCCCGAGAGGCCUGGCCCGCAGGGCGAGGCGGAUCAGAGACGGAGGAGCUUAAAGGAGCGCCCUGAAGCUGAGGCUCCCCAGAGACAGGCUGGUUUUGUUGAAACCAACCCCGGUUCCACUCCCGGCUCAGGCAGGUGCCUGGCAGAGACGCCGGGGGCAGCCACGCACAAGGUCAGCUCUCCCCUCUGGGGCCCGCCCCACUCAGCUCCUCCUGAAAAGUAUCCAGGGGCCUCUUCCGGCCCCGCCACCGACCCCAGGAAAAAAGGCCUGGGGAUCCCUGAGGAUGAGAAAAAGACAUUUGUUAGUAAACAUCACAGCGCGAAGUGCCAGCAUCCCCCGGCCGAGUCAAAGCCCACCCCUGCCUGGGAGGACCCAAGCGGCGGGGCCAGGGUGCAGCCCAGGGCGUCCCCCGCUGACCAGAGGAAAGGGACCCCGAGGAAACCCCCGGGCAGGGGCGAGGAGAGCGGGGUGGCCCCGUGGGCCGACCACCCGCGGGACUUCGGAAGGUCGCCGCUGGAUGUCAAGAGGGCCUGUUCGGAGAAAGGCCCCCCUCUCAAAAUCCGAGAGGGCCUGUCUGUCAUGCAGGAAGCCAGAGAGAGGAGGCAGGAGCAGCCGAAAGGGAGGCCCAGCCUCCCCAGGGAGAGUGCGGAGGCCAGAGACACCAAGAUGGGGCUCUGUCGGCAGGAGUCGGGGAAUCGAGACAGUCAAAAGAUGUCACCGAGGGGCCUGGGGAGGGAGCGUGCCCUCCCGGACAAUGAGCCUCCACGCCGGCAGGUGAGCCCCGCAGCCGCGGGCCCGCGGAGGAGCCACAGCUUCUGCAAGGACAGGAGGAGCGGGCCCUUCGUGGAUCAGCUGAAGCAGUGUUUCUCCAGACGGACCCCCGAGGCCAAGGACACCGACACCCUCGUGCAGGAAGCCGACAGUCAGUAUGGGACGUGGCCAGACCAGCGCCAGAGCGGGGAGAGCUUGGCCCCCGAGUCCCCGUCCCCCGACAGCAGUGCCACCUCGGCUUGGAAGCAGCCCCCCAGCAGCCGCCUGUCCUCGCUGUCCUCCCAAACGGAGGUCACCUCGGCCGGGGACCAGCACGACUGUUCCAGGGACCAGCGGAGCACCAGCGUGGACCGAUCCAGCACGGACCUGGAGUCUACUGACGGAAUGGAGGGGCUGCCCCUGCCGGACGCCUGCCCCGCAAAGAAGGUGGACGACUUCUCCUUUAUCGAUCAAACCUCAGUGCUCGACUCAAGUGCCCUCAAGACCCGGGUGCAGCUCAGCAAGAGCAGCCGCCGCCGCGCUCCCACCGCCCGCUCGCUCCGGCGCAGCCGCACCAGUGAGCCUGACGGCGGGUCCGCCUGGGAGGAGGACCCCCACAGCGCGUGGAUGUUCCGGGACUCCACGGAGGAGAAAUCCCCGAGGAAGGAAGAGUCAGACGAGGAGGAGAGGACGCCCAGGGCCGAGAGGUCGCCUAUCUGCAGACCUCAGAGGAUGCCUGUGUUUCCCGGCGUGGACCCGGCUGCACUGAAGGCUCAGCUGCACAAGAGGCCAGAGGCAGACAGUCCCAGCGAGGCCCCUGGCUGGGCCCCCCAGCCCAAGAACCCCAAGUCUUCCUUCCAGCCUGGGGUGCUGGGCAGUCGCGUGCUGCCCUCCAGCAUGGAGAAGGAUGAGAGAUCGGAAGAGCCCUCUCCCCAGUGGCUGAAGGAGCUGAAAUCGAAGAAGAGACAAAGCCUGUAUGAGAAUCAAGCUUGAGCAGACAGGGGACACCGUCACGUCUAACAAACAAGCCUUAACUGUCCGAACCCGAAGAUGAGGUCCCGCCGCUGCCGUCGCUUCCUGCACAUGCCUGGGUCCCUCUGGUCGGUCGGUCGGUCGGUCGGUCGGUCGGUCGGUCGGUCGGUCGGUCAGUCGGUCUGUCAGGUGGAGAAGGCGUCCCAGUGUCAGCCCCCCGCAGGCUCCCCCGAUGGAUCAGGGAGGAAGGCUCACCCUUUACAAGCCUGUGCACCGUCUCCACAGACAGCUCUUCAGGCUGGGGAAGAGAACAAGCGGUCCAGAAAUGUCCAUGCUGGUGGUUUUGUUUUUUGGGGAUUUUUUUUUUAAACGUAAAAAUAUGCGUUUCUACGCAUUUUUAGACCCCUGUGAAGCUCCAGGAACAUGGAUAUAAAGGCUGGACUGUCUCCCCUGGGUUCUGAAUCAUGAAAGCGCUUCUUUCGCCCCUCACCCCAGGGCCGGUCUUUUUCAAAAGGACAUUUCCAAGGAAGAUGAACGCAUUCGUUUCCUGCCGUAACCAGCGGUCCAGGCAGUACCACCGGAUUGCGGGUGGGGGUGGUGGGGGGGUGGACGGGUCCCGAUUGCUCCUUUGGCGAAUUCCUUCUCCCUUUCAAAGAAAUCAGCAGUUCCGAUCUUGAGACACCCUUGCCAUGGUUCCUUCAAGUGUGUUUAUCCUCCCAGUGGGGCUGUGUGCAGGGCCGGCCUGUUGCCUUGUUCCUCACAUCUGUUUGCUUCAGAAGGCGAUAAAGCAAUAAUCUCACCAACUCUCUCUGAAAUUCAGUACCUACGUAUGUUUUCACACUACAGAACAGGAGGAGAGGCGUGCGCGUGGUCUGCUUGAAGUGUCCGAUCAUCUCAGGUUAUCUUCUCCCCGCCCCCAAGCGUUUUAAACUGCCAUCGCCACCCUCGUGUGCAUUUUCCUGGUUCCUUCUCGUGAGAGCUCCGAACUUCUGUGGGGUGACCUUCGCUCUCGAGGCUUCCAAAACCGGCAGCCCAAACGGCAGUGCCUUCCCCUCCCAGACAUCAGACCCGCCCCUGGAGUCUUCUUCUGCAGAGUCCUUUUCUGAACACGACCUGCGCCACUGGCGUGGAAAGACGCGUUCCCCAUUGGCCUCAGGGCACACGGUGAAUGAGGGGUCCUUUUGCUUUGUUCUCACCGCUCCUUUGGACCCACCCUUCCACCCCAGCCCCCCAGUUCUAGCUGACCAGGUGCUUUUUCUAGGUCCAAAUGCAGGAGGGGAGAGUCUUUCUGAAAGCCCAUCUCUGGAGGGGAGUCCUUCCACUCCCCCUAACCCCCAGUCCAGGGACUCCAGACAGACCUGGCGGAUGCUAGGUAACCAAGUACAGCCUUGGCUGGCCUCUUUUUGCUUGCCAACUCUAAGCUCAUUCCCAGAAACCUCCAAGACCUCUGGGAUCUCCAGUCACUGUCUACUGUGUCCUUUUUUUUUUUUUGAAAAUUUCUCCACACCAGCCUCCUCCACCUCUUAGGCCCAAGGCUCCAGCAUACAUCCCAGAGAUGGCCGGCCCACCCGCCACGGCUGGAGUCGCCAUAAACUUGGUGCCAACCUUGCCUGGGAGCCGCCCACCUGAGAGAAGGAUGCUUGGGCAGGUCAUAGAGCCGCCCAGGACUGCUACGGGGCGUGGGGGCUGAGCUUGCUAAGUCUCUCUUUGAGAAAUCCAUUCUUCGCAGAUGUUGUCAGAUCACACCUCCCUUCUCCCUGGCCACCCGCUCCCUCCUUCAGUCUCUGUCGUCGCCCCGUCUCUCCUUCCUCUCUCGUCUCCCUUCACCACCUCUCCCCUUUCUUGGAGGAUGGAGACCAAUCCUGUUGCUCUGGGUUAAGACCAACACCUGGGCCAGAGAGGGGUUGUGGCUCAGACAGUGGACAGUGACUGAGGCGGAGUGGGGGGCCCUCCCCCGCAAGUCCUGUGGGUUGCGCUCCGGCCCCUGGACGGGCCGUGGUUGGAGCCUGUCGCCGGCAGCCGUGUGCUGCUGUGUCCGGAGGGUUGGUCCUGCUUGACCGCAGUUUGCCAUCUCUUCAUCCCCUGAGUUUGCAGUCAGUCCGUUCUCUCCGGCCAUUCGGGGAUUUAAUCCUUUCAGGAUCCGUGUCAGUUGAUUUUUCCGUCUUCUUCUUUUUAAGAUGCAGUUCACCUUUUAUUCGUUGUGAUGCAGUGACUUUCCAGGUCAGCAGGUCCCUGCCUUGACCCUGACCCCUCUCCCCGGCGGGGGUCUUCCCGUGUCCUUCUCAAGGCGCGGAGGCCCCUUGGUUCUGUCUCAGGCAGCACGAGUGACCUGCUGUGUUCAGUCAGGACCCGCCAGGCUCAGUUCUCCGUCAGUCAUGUUUCAGCCCCAGUUUACCCUAGAGGAAAGGAAGAAACCCUCAAAAACCAGGUCAACCUGCAGAGCGUCUCCCUAACCUCCCACUCCCGGACUGAAAAUAAAAAUCUGUUUAAUUCCUUGGUGACGAGGAUGGGCAAAGUCCACCCCUUGAAACUGACCGCAGCAGCCUCAUCCCUCCCCCGCAGAGCAAACAGUCUCGGUGGGUCCGGAGCCACAGCUCAACGCAGGCUCCCGGGACCUCCGGCCCCGCCGCGGUCCGUACAAUGCCGUCUCCCGUACCCGCAGCUCUGCUGGAAGCCUCUGCAGACAGCCAGCUAGGCCAGUGGGUUCUUUUACAUCUCCUCCUUCCAAGCGGGGUGAGCCCUUGGGGUCCACGCAGGGGAUUGUAUGUACGCUGGUUUCUUGAGUUCUCCUGGAGCCGCCUUUGGAAACCUGUCUCCUUUUCAACGGACUGAAUGAUGCCUUAAGCAUUCGUCGGCAGUCAAGUCACCCGCCCUCAUCCAGCCCUCCUCGCCUGGGCUUUUGGUGUUCUUUAAAUGACAGUUUUAUACAGAAUGCAUCCAAAAUAAGAUAGCUAGGUAGGUGAUUUUUUAAAGUAUAAUCUCUCUCUCUCUUUUUCUCUCUCUCUCCCUCUCUCCCUCCUCUCUUCCCUCUCCCCACCCGCUUUGCACAUCAGCAUUUUGACAGCUGCUCUUUUGAUGAGUCCAUAUCACUUUCCCCUCCAGUCGAUCCCCCUCUUCAUGGUCUCUUGCUAAGGUAACAGAUGCCUUUGACGUGUAAAAUUCCACGGCGAGGCCUCGGGAGUCAGUGUUGUGGAAAAUCUCUCAGCGCCACCUGAGAAACUCUGGUGGGAGAGAUGCACCCGCCCUCCCCGCCCCCCAGUGUUUAGGAUGUCGGGGGCUUUGAGUGAUGCGACCCUGACAACCUCCAGUUGCCUGGGAUUCGGGGAGAGGACAGUCGGAUGGGGAGGUUUUGCAGGGGACCAGCCAAGCCGCAGGCUUCCAGUGCUUUCUUCUCUGCUUCCCGGGAAGAAGUGAGGCUAGCUCUGGGUACUGGAAUAGAUGUGGGCCCGAGGCCCUCAGCCUCAGAGGCUGUGCAGGUGAUUUGGAAAACCCUGAGGCAUGGUUUCCCGAAGGAGAGCUCAGCUGCUCCCGCCCGGUGCUGCUAGCUGCCUUGUCCAUUUAUGUCUCGCUUCGCAAUGCCCCCAGACAGCCCAGGAGCCAGGCGUGAUUGCAGUGCUAACACCCUACAGAUGUGUGGUCAGAUCUUCUCCAAAGUGAAACGCUGGUGUCCAGGUGACUCAGGUCCUGUGUGGAAGACAGUGUCCCGCCCAAGGAGAGGGCUCUCCAGGCAGCCUUCCUCCUCCUCCUCCCCCAUCCCUGUGGUCCUUCCCACACCGCCCUGCCCCUUAAUGCAGGAAGCUGGACGACGGUGGCCUUUGUGUGAACUAGCAUUGCAGGGUGAAGUCCAUGGGGAAGGGGGAGGAAGGCUCUUUCUGCUGGGAAUUGCCCCUCCCUCCUAUUUCAGCCGUGGCGUUACUAGUUGGACUGUGUCUUUCCUCUUUCGACCUGUGUUGAAACAGGAAAGAGAAAGGAAAAAAAAAAGCCCCAUGGCGUCUUGAUUCCAUCAGGUAGGAGGGACCCACCCCGCAUCUGGAUGGGGGUCCAUCCCGGGCUCCGCCCCCUUAGGGGACUGCUGGAUCUGAGUCCCGUGCUGAGAGCUGCCAGGUGCCACCGUGUUGGGAUUCUGGGCAAGGCAAGGGUCUGGAAACGGAGAACCAUGUAGAAAGCCGGUAGGCACGAACGUGCUGGGUGUUGGCCAGUCUGUGUCUCCUUUGCUCUCCGCCCCCUGCCCCCCAUCACCCCUCUAGAGAUCUCUUUCUUUGUCUGGAUUGGCUUUUGCAGCGGGGGGGUGGGGGGGNGGGUGGGGGGGGCACAAGAAAGCCAGGUUCUUGGAAAGUCAGCCUGAGAUCUCUGGCAAGGUCACCCCUCAGCCACUCCCCAUCAUCCUCCCCAAAUCCCCUUAUUUGUCACCCUCACACCUGGCACCACACCAUCUCAUGAAUCAGCCUGGCACUUUCUUAAUCAUCUCUGGUGGUGUCGUGCCUGCCUAAGAAAAAAAUAUAUGUAUAAUGCCAGUUGUGUGAAAGAGUGAUCUCGUUCCACACAGCCUUAUAGAUCCUGUAAAUACGGGGCUUGUAAAAGUCAUCUAUUGUGUUACGGGAAAUAUUUUGUACUGCGUUGUUUCUUAAGUCAUGUCAGUAUCCUCCAAGUCCUAGACUUCCCCGAUGACUUCGAUCCUUAGAAUGCUCUGUAAGAUGGGGGGCAGUGGAGAUGUAUAUAUAUAUACCUACACCAUUGUAUUUUCCUGACCUUCCUCCUGGGUCCCUUCCUCCAAUAUUUGAGUCACGAUCGAAGAGGAACUCGAGUCCUGUGUGCAGGAGAGUUGAAGCGUCCUGCCAACUGAUGUCCUCGCAGUUGCCUUACGAAUUCACGGACUCCAGGGGCUUUGAAUGGAAGGCGGUCGACCGGCACUUUAUUCAACCCCAGAAAGGACCUCUAAUCAUGUGACUGAGAAUUCAUCCAGAAAAAAAAAAACAAAAAACUAUAUUUUUAACGUCAAAACCAACGGGGCUUCCCGGACCUCUCAGAGUAUCGGAUGUCUACAAGUGCUUUUCUAUUUUGUAACUGUAAAGAGAUUUCAUACGCACAGCAGAGCAGUUGGGAGUCUGGUCGACUGCCCUAAAACACAAUGACCUUUUGCAUGUACAAAGAUGUCACAUUCAGACUCUGGAAACAGCAAAUAAAGCUUUGACGCGAGCUGCCCUGGAGA